AUUCGUCAAAACUCGUUGAAACUCGUGGAGACUCGUCUAAAUUCAUCCAUGCACGAGUAGUGUUCCAUGCAGUUCUGUGGUUCUGUGUUUACAUUCAGAAACGUCAAACUUCGAGGAAAAAUUCAUAAUAAAUAAUAAGUAUAUAUUUAAUAAACCGGCAUGGAGUCGAGUUCUAUUCAAGACUCGCUCGCAAACGUGCAAGCAAAAUUCAAAGACAUUAGAAAAUUACUGAACGAUCAUAAAAAAUUGAGCACCGAAAACGUGUCGUACAAAAUCAUAUAUCAAGUUAUCGACUUAUUGAAAUCGAUGGAAACAAAGAUGAUUAAGAUCUUAGAAGACAUACCUGAAGAGGAAAAGGAGAAUGGAAUUUUAACACUCGCAGUGAUACAUCUAUAUCUUGGAAUGUUACAUGUUGACACCGAAGAGUUGAAACCAGGUGAAGAACAAUCUAUGAAGUGUAUCAAAUUAUUGAAAAACAAAGAACUCGAACCGGCAGCUAUUUUGCCCGUACUGAAUGCGCUGAAUCAGUUGGGUAUAAUAUGGUCUCAGUGGAAUCAGUUGACAAAGGCAAAAGAAUUUUUAAUUCAAGCUGAAAGAAUAUACAAUGAUUUUAAAAAUCAAUUAGAAACAGGUGACGAUGAUUCAUCUAAGAGUCCUGUCAUUAAUAUGGCCCAGAUUCUUGGCAUUGAAGAAUUCAAAGAUAACCAGAGUCCAAGAGAUGUACUGGAAAAAGUUCACACCUUAACAUUGUAUUGCUUAGCUCAGGUCUACGGUUCUUUAAAAGAUCAUCGUCAGUCUGCGUUGUAUUGUCACAUGACAUUGCGCAGACAGUUAGGAGAGAAUAAGUUAACGCAGGAUUUAGAUUAUAUAGAUUGGGCCCUGAAUUCAGCGACAUUGUCACAAUAUUUCAUGGAGAACGAAGGUUUCUCACAAGCCAGACAUCACUUGGCGGCUGCGUCCUACAUAUUACAAAAGUAUGAAAACAUCUUGAAAGAGAAAACGGAAGAAAAUGGGGAGAGUGAGGCACUCACUGCGGAAUGGGAAAAUUUUAAACACAGAAGCGCCGACGUUGCAAGAUGUUGGGCAAAGUAUGGAAUUUUACUUAUGAGUUUAUCAAAGCAAAGACUUUUGCAAAGGAGCGAAUCGGAACAGGACGAUGAUGAAACUGAUAAGGAAUCGAAAUUGAAUACGAUCGGUGAUUUAAGGUUUGAUAUUUUAGAAAAAGAAAUAGAACCAAUCGCGAAUCAAAUAACUGACAAAUAUCUGUUGGAUUUCGAUGACGCCAGAUUAGUUUUCUUAAGCGUUUUAAAAUGGCUCGAGCAGGCUAAGACGUAUUACACUUUAGAAAAUCACGCGUCUGAUUACGUAUUAAUCGUGCAGGAUAUUUCACAGGCGUACAAAUACUUGUCGUUCUUCGAAGAACACGAAGAUAGACAGGCGAAAAUGCAUAGGAGGAGAAUAAAUGUUUUAGAAGACGUGAUCAAGGAAUUGAAUCCUCAGUACUACGAGUCAGCCUGCAGGCAGAUUUGGCUCGAACUGGGAGAAACGUAUUCUGAUAUUCUUGACAUAAAACUUGAUCGUUUGCGAUCCUCCGAUGAGAAACCAACGGCGCAAGCAUUAGCGAAAAUUAAUCACUUGGCAAAGAGUGCUAUUAAAAAUUUUCAGGCCUUCCUUAAUUCGAUACAAAUGCGUAAUUCGAAUUCUGGGGCAGAAUUCCCCGCCGAGGUAAUGCAAUCAGCUCUAUUCUCUUAUUUCCAUCUCGGUAGAUUAUACAAUAAAAUAGUAAGUGUCGAUAAAACGAUUCAAUUGGAGAAUACGCAAAACAGUUACAACGCAUAUAAAUUUGUAGUUGACUAUUGCGACAACUAUCCCAGUGCUGCUGAGGUAAUGAAAGUCGAGUUGAAUCUUUGCAGGGAAUUGGUAAAUUUGUUACCGAUUAAGCUAAACAGGUUACGAGAAAGAGAUAAUUAGUGAACAAGUCCAUAUCGAGUUGACGCAUAUAAUGUAAUUAGUUUUUAUUCUUAUGAAGAAAAUGCUUAAAUGAAAUUUUCUGUGUUAUUUACUUCUAUGCUUUCUACUAUACUUAAUAGUACCGAAACUUCUUUCCACUUAAUGAAA